AUGGCAGCCACUGUGAUUCGAUGCGUGGAUGUUGAUGAACCAGUGCGUGGCAUAGAACUGUCGAGUAGACGGCUGGCUACGACAACUGGGUUCUUUCAGCCAUCCACUUGCCAUUAUUAUGGCGUUUCUGGAGAUAGAGAGAGAACAAGCAUGGCCAAGCAAUGGCCGGGGGAAGGGGGCGUCAGGGUGCGACGCCCUAGGGGCCUGGUAACAUUCAGGUGGAGGCUACAGGAAGCCCGAUUCCGAAAGCAAUCUAGGCAAAAAAGACGAGAAUAUAUAAGUCAGCAAAAUAUUCCGCCAUAUGAAAAAUAG